AUGGAUAGUUCAACUGAAUAUGGCAUAUCUGAAUCUAAUAAAUAUCGUCAACAUUUAACAAAAGGUCAAUAUUCACCAACUGGUUCAAUUCGUAAAAUAAAUUUAUUACUUCAACGUUCACUUCGUUAUUCAUAUCGGAAACGAUGUUGUAAAUGUUGUCCAACAAUACUUUGUGAACUAUUAUUUCCUAUUAUCUUAAUAGCAUUAUUAGCUUUAAUCUGUUAUGGAACAAAUGCAAUUUUUAAAGGAAUGAAUGCAAAUCCUGAGUCAGUAAUAAGAGGUUUGAAUCAUCGUACAUGUUCACAAAAUAUAAAUUCUACAACAAUUUUAUCAAAUGAUUUAUUAAAGAAAUGUUUUAAAUUUCCAUCAAGUUAUCCAGAACAUGGAUGGAUUCCAUUUGAGUACGAAACAAUUUUCAAUAAAAUAAAUCUUAUUUUUCAUCCUAUGGCAAAUGAAACUCAAGAACUUGUUAAAUGUGCUAAAAAACGUCUCAAACAAAUGAAUUGUAAUAACAUGAAAGUUUGGAGUCAAAAUAUAAAUGAUAGAAAUGACAGUUAUUUAUUACAAAAUCAAGAAGAAGAUACAAUUAUUAUUGAUUUUGGUUCAAUAAUUAAUCUUAAAAAUAAACGAAAUAUUAAUUACAAUAUAAUAGUUCGACAGCCGUAUACUAUUCCAAAAAAUGAUCCGAUUGAUAUGUCGUUUAUAUCAUUUUUACAUCCAAGCCUCAUUGAUGAUCGAUCGGAUAUAAUGGAUAAUAAUAGAUAUCAAGAUUCGAAAUUACCUGCAUUUACAGAUGUAAAAAUAUUUAUUGAUUCCUUACUUAUUGAAUAUCAAACGAAUAAAAAUAUUGAAUAUGAACUUGAAAGAACUCCUAUGAUUUGUACACCAUUUCGUAGAAAUUUAAUUUUUGAAAAUGGAUUAUCAAGUUUAAUAAUAUUUCUCAUUGACUUUAUCUUUCUUAUUCCAUAUUUUAUUCUUCUAACAAGUUUAAUUCAAGAGAAGAAUGCUAAAGUUAAAGAAAUUCUUAAAAUACUUGGAAUUGAACCAAUUUUAAAUAAUUUUGCUCACGCAAUUCGGACAUUAAUUAUUCUUUGUCUUUUAAUCCUAUUCUUAUGUAUUGUAUUGAAACAAAAACCAAAUGGAUAUUUUCUUACAGUUAAUUUUCAUAUUCUCUUUCUUGGUUAUUUAAUUUUCAGUUUACAAUUAAUUUCAUUCUGUAUAAUGAUUGCACAAUUAUUUGAUAAAAAUGAUCGUGCAGAAUUAACUAUUUCUGUCAUUUAUCUUGUAUCAUCAAAAAUUUAUUCAUAUACAAUUUUUUGGCCGACAUCGAUACAAUAUCUAUUGAUAUUUUUCUGUCCUCAUAUUGCUGGAUAUUCACUUUUUCAGCAAGCAGUUUUACAUGAUUUAGCAGAAAAAGAUAUAUCAUUAUUUCAAUCGAUUUAUCGUUAUGUACCAAUUUAUUUUUCAACAUUGAUUAUUAUGAUUUGUAGUUGUAUUUUUUACUGGUUAUUAUCUUGGUAUUUCGAAAAAGUAUUUCCAAGUGAAUAUGGUAUUUCACUUGAUUGGAAUUUUCUCUUUAAACGAGAUUAUUGGCGUUCAGAAAAACUUGAUCAUCAUACACAAUCAUUACCUGAUCGUGAUUCAUUACUUUCAAGAAAAAAUUCAACUGAUACAGCUAUUCUUCAUGUUAAUAAUCUUGUAAAACAAUUUGGUCCGGAUAAAAUAGCUGUUGAUAAUGUUUCAUUUGAUUUAUAUGAAAAUCAAAUAACAUCAUUAGUUGGACCAAAUGGUUCGGGAAAAACAACAAUAUUUAAUUGUUUAAUUGGUAUAUAUAAACAAACAUCAGGAACAAUAAAAAUACAAAAUAAUGAUGGAAAAAAUUUUGAUACACGAAUAAAUAUGGAAAUGUUAAGAAAAUCAAUGGGUUAUUGUCCCCAACAUGAUAUACUUUUUGAUUUAUUAACUAUAAAAGAACAAAUAGAAUUUUAUGCAAUAGCACGAGGAUAUGAAAAACAUAAAGAAAAAAUAGCAAAUGAAAUGCUUCAUUUAAUGGAUCUUGAAAAUUUUAAAGAUCUUUAUUGUAAUACAUUAUCUGGUGGAAUGAAAAGACGUUUAUCAUUAGCUUGUGCAUUUAUUGGAGAUACAAAAAUAAUUCUUCUUGAUGAACCAUCAAGUGAACUUGAUCCAUCAAAUCGUCGUUUAUUAUGGGAUUGGUUACGUUCAAUGAAACAAGGUAAAACACUUUUAUUAACAACACAUUUUAUGGAAGAAAGUGAUGCUUUAUCCGAUCGAAUUAUAAUUAUUGCUAAUGGAAAUAUUAAAGCCGAUGAAACAUCAGCUAAAUUAAAAGAAAAAUAUGGAUCAGGUUAUAAAUUAAUUAUUAAUAAACAGAAUAAUUUUUAUACAAAUGAUAUUAAAAAUGUGUUAUGUCAUUAUUUACCAGAAUUAAAAAUUGAAAUAGAUAUACAUGGUGGUGAUGUUGUUUUUCGUACAAAUCAACAACCAAAUAAACAAUUUGUACAAGCAUUACAUCAUCUUGAAACAAUGAAACAAGAAAAUCGAAUUAAAGAUUAUGGAGUACAAAAUAGUACAAUGGAUGAUGUUUUUCUAAAACUCACAAGAGAUACAAAUAUUGAGAAUGAAUCAGAAUCAAUAUCAAUGGAUACUGAUAUAUUAGAGCAACAAUGUCAUUAUGUAUUUAAUGAUCAACAUAUUUCUAGCGGUAUUCAGUAUCAUUUAAGUCAAUGUCAUGGUUUAAUAAUAAAUACAUUACUUGUACGUUAUCGUCGUUGGGGAUUAACACUAAUUGUUUUAUUAUUACCAAUUUUAUACAAUCUUUUAUCAAAUAUAACAUCACGUAGUUAUACUGAAAGUGGAAUAUUUAAAAUGAAUUUAAAUUCACUUAAUCCACAAACUAUUUUAUAUCAUACCGAUCCAAUGAUAGAAAAAUAUUUUCGUGCAUCUAUUGAUGGUGCAAUACUUGAACAAAGAUCAGGAGAUAUAUUCCAAAUGAAUCGAGAGAUUUUUCAAAAACGAAUGGAUCGUCCAUACACAUAUACAGAUAUUUAUCUUGCUUUCAAUAUUCCAAAACCAACUAGAAAUAAAUAUAAAAUUCAAACAUUAUCAUCAAAUUUAAUAUCCGGUUAUGAAGUUAUUUCAUUAGCAUCAAAUACAUUUUAUAAAUACGUAUUAAAUGAUACAGGUGCAUCAAUUCAAACGACAUUGAUCUAUAAAAAAAUAGGAAAUUUGACAACGCAACCAUCCAUUAAGGAUAUAUUCAAUUACUUAAGUACAAUAUCAUGUAUUCUUAAAUUCUUACCAUUAACAUUAUCAUUUGAUAUAUUAAUAUUUUACAUUCUAUUCUUCUAUGUAACUGUAUUUUUAAUCAACGAACGAAAAGAUAACUUUGUAUCAUUGCUUCAUAUUAGUGGUUUACAUCCAGCAUCAUAUUGGAUAUUUACUUAUCUUUUUGAUAUAAUUAUUUCUAUUAUAUGGUUUUGUUAUUUACUUGCUGUUUAUUGUAUAUUUCAUGUUGCUUUUAAUGGUAUACCAAACAAGAAAUCUCAAACAGAAAAUACAAUUCUAUUUGAAUUUCUUAGGCCAUGGGAUUUACGAGUACAAUUUUAUCCAUUAACAAUAUUAAUUAUAUUGCCAACAUUACCAUUUACUUAUUUAUUAACCAAACUUUUUAAAAAUGAUAUCAAUGUAUGUAUUGUUAUAGAAUUGUCGACUAGAUCGAAUGCUGGCAAAUAUUUUUGA